AUGAGUGGAUCGUCGCGGUUAGACGGACGCCCACAUGUGCAGAACCCCCAACCCCAAAUUGCGUCGCGGAAUCUUGCAGAAGCCACCGAACACCACAGCCGCCCAGCUGGGAGCCGCCAUCAUGACACCAUAGAUCAUAGAAACAGUCGUGUUGGCGUAUCGCCACCUAAGCCGGAGUCGUCCAUGGCGGUUCACAUAACAUCAGAGCCACCAUCGGACCAGCCGGCAUCUAAUUCCAAUAGACACUUACCACAGUCUUCGGUCUCGACGGGUCUGCCGCCUGUCGCGCAAGAAAAGCACGUCGAAUACAACAGAACGCAAGAAAUAAUGCACCACCAACUUUCGUCAGAACCCACGGGGACGAGUAUACACGCGUCCACUGGUGGGCAACAGAUCAGGUCUGAGCCAUUGGCGUCCACCAUUCGAAAGAGCCAUAGUCCCUCUAUGACUGUACCGGGAAGCCCAUCUAAACAUAACGCCCCAUCGAAGAGGACUGCAGCUGGGAUCUCCAAACACCUUGUCGAUGCCCCAGGAGCGGACCACCCUUCCGAAGUAGACAGUCCCGAUCGACGUCGCUCUCAUAGUAUUGGCUCCCUAUCGCGUGAGAGCAGGAUUGCAGCGUUGUCCGUUCACCUACGAACGCGGUUAUCGUAUGCUGCCGCCAAGGUUAAGAGUAGGAAGAUCCAUGGCUUACCGCCUAGUACAGAAUCUCUCGCUAAGGUUGGACUGUUGCCCGCCUUCAGCGAGAUAGAGGCUCAGCGUUUGGGAGAAAAUAGCUCACCAGAUGGAACCACAAUGUCUGCGCCGGAUCCACCCUCAACAACCAGUUUCUACACCCCGAGCGGCCCUGGGCGGCUGUCUCCUGUGGCCCAAUCCGCCGAUGCCUCGCCACCCUCAAACCUCGAUCUGCCAAAAUCCCAUCCUCGCCCAAAACUCGCACCCCCUGCAGAUAUUGCAAGUGGAAGCCGCAGUCGCCGCCGACGUCCCAACCCCAACGAGCCGCUGCACCACCCGAAAAUUUCCGUGUCACUGCAUCGCAGACAUCGUUCUUACCAAGAGGUUGGCGUGUCCAGGCCAGCUGCAGAUUCAGAAAAGGUUCAGGUCCCUGGGACUCCUCCUCUUGGCCCAAUGCGUCAGGCUUCUUAUAACGGUACGGUUGGUCAUCAAAACCACAAUCGAAAUAGCGCUAUGGAACAGGACGCUAUCGAAACUCUGCUUUUCAUGUCCAGUCCUGGACAUUCGGGCUAUCACUCAAGCUCCCAGCAUUCCCAACGUCAACGAAAUAUAUUUCAGAGCAGCCACGAUUCCAGAAGCUCGGCCUCUCGAGUGCCCCAUAGUCAAGACUCUCAAGACAGUAAUCCCCGUGGUCGGCCUAUGCCAGUUUCAAACGAUCAAGGAAUUGGUCUAGAAUUGCACGCUGGAGACGAGAUCGACCGGAUUCUGGAUCAAAUGGACAGUGACAGCGACGACGAAGUCAAGUUUGCUUCGACACAGUCCAGCUUUACGGACCAUGGCUCUAAGCAAGCUGACAGCUCUCAAGAGCAUAACCGACGAGGUGGAUGA